UUGUGGUCGCGUCUUGCAACAAUGAGUGUCGUGGAUGGCUAGCAAAGACUGGCCCAUGUCAUUGCGCGCUGUCUUGAAUGGAUGUGCUAUGCAGGAUACAAUGGACUCAGGGGAGUCGCGCAGGGGGAGGACAGCCUGUACGCUCUCUUCGCCAGUCCUUGCUGUGUGGUGGUCGCGAGGGCAGAAUUUGCUGGGCGAGAGAAGACGACACAGACAAGAAGCAGUAAAGGCUCACACACCGACGCGCUGUAGUCUGCUUGCUUGCAGGUCUAUGAGGGAGAGCUGCUAGUGGGGGAGCACAGUGUCAUGGCGGACCUACAUCCAAUCUACCAAGUGGAAGGUGUGGCGAGAUGCUCAGCCGAUGGACCAACAGCACUCAUUGUAGCGAGCGGUCAAGAGGUCUUUGUCGCUUGCGGCAGCGGUAUACGCUGGGCAGACUUAUCGGAACAAACAUUUCUUGAGUUGGACACAGUCGGUAUCGAUUUCACCAUCACGGGCCUGCUACUCAAUCGGUUGCGAAGUAUUCUGGUCGUCUAUGGAGACCACAAAGUCGUUGCCCUCUAUGUGCCUAGGGCAUCGAUGCUCAAGAAGCGAGGUCUGCUCAAGCACCGGCUGAAAUGUCAUGUCAUUGGCGAGCACCAUCACUCAAACAGCCCUGUGGCAGAUGUCAAGCUGCAUCCACUUUCUGCCACGGAUAAUGCUGUCGUGGUCUUGACUGCAGAUGGGUCACUGCGCUUGUAUGAUUUGGACAUAUCGAUGACAGAACCAGAGUUGGAAGUUUCCAUCUUCAAGCGGCCAUCACGAGGUUACGGAGACCUAGACGACAGUGAAGCUGUCUCAUUCGCGUUUGGUCUUGGUGGUGAUGGAUGGGCAGGAUUCGCAGUCUUUGUGCUUACAGCUAGCGGUGAUGUCUACAUUAUUUUGCCAUUUAUGCCUGCCAGCUGUGCUCUGACACAUGGACAGGCAGCCAACUUUGAGCAGCAUGCAGUCAUCGAUGCCGGCACUGCAUCUGCAGCUGGCUACAGGAAAUUGCUAGCAGCGAUGGAUCAUGGCACGCGGCUGGUAUCGAGCAUACGAUUUGCACGUCCUGCAAAAUUACUCGCGCCUGUUGUUCUUGGGCCAUGCUUGCAAUCGCCAGUACCACUUGAGUUCGCUUCUACUGAGGUAACAGCAACAAGCAUCCUGUUUCUACCGAGCCAGCCGGUCAAUGUUCUCGCUAUCGCUUCGCAGGGCAAGAUUGAUGUUUGCUUGGUAGGACCACUCUUGCCAAAGUCAAAAUCAGAGGUCGUCUUGGCUGUUCAUGAGAGCAUUCACUUGUCGGCCUCUGCAGUGCUUGAGCCAAUCGAUGAGAUGAGCUUUUUCGCGAGACACGAGAAUGGCCUGCACAAGGUGGAGUUAUCUUGGCUGGACUUGCUGUCAGAAGUAUAUGAGACGAGCGAGCUACUCUUGGAGGACAUUUUGGAUCAAGCUACUUCUUCAUCGACCAUCACGAAACUCCUUGAUGCCGAAGGUAGCGGAAGUGCAGGUGUUGCCAUCACGGAACGUGGACUUGAUCAGAGCCUCGUUGUGCUCAAUGCGAAGACGGCGCAUAGCAUAGCGCUCACAUCCUUCUCUCUCGAUGAUCUUGACCUUGGCUUGGACAGCCUUGAUGCUGUUCAUCCCGAGGCAUCUUACAACAGCUUGUUGAAAGCACAAGCCUACCAACAACCAUCACUGUCCAAGGGCCCAAAAAUCGCAGUUCCCGCGGCUUUACAGAGCAGCGAACCACUCGUUUCUGAUGUUCAGACUUUGCGCUUCCUGACCAAAGUGGCAAGGGAGGUGCGGACAGAGAUUGCUGCACUCCUCAGUGCUGCGCUUGCACUCCAUCAUCGACUUCAACUACAGCUGCAGGAACAGAUCAGACAGCGGGAAAAACUUGAGCGGCUGGCAGAUGCGAUACACCAAUUGCCAAAGGGUCCUGAGGAGAGUGAAAGACAUGAUGCAGUCAAAGAGCGACAAACGGCGUUAGAGGCAAGAGCUGCUUCAAUGCUCACGAAAUUGCGCAAUGCCAAUGCUCCAGAACUGUCGGUCGCAGAAACACGCUACUUUGAUGAGCUGAAACGUAUUGAGACGCACCUACAUGGUCAUGCUGGACUGUUCAAGCGUCUUGCUAGUGCCAAGCAACAAUGUGCAAGUGUCUCUGCGGCAUAUCAACGGUGGGAGAAGGCCGGCUCGUUGCGGCAGAGUCCAGCGAAUAGUCCACUCAAGGUGACGCAGAUUGCGCGUCUCAAAGGUCAGUUGGAAGGCACAGAAGAGAUACUCAGCAGGACACGGAAUAAGAUGGAAAGAUUGAUGCGGCUAUCAGAGAGCCAUUAAUAGUGCUACUCUGCUUCGCAAACUGCAAUCCCCUGUGUUCUCAUAGUCUUGCAUAAAAUUGGUCAUUGACAUGAGAAGUUAUGAAAUAAUAUAUGUCUAUGUCAAUGGAAUGAACAAGCCCUGAC